AAACCCAAGGAAUAACGUGUUAGAAACUCGCGCCUAGUUUGGUCUCUGCUUUAUUCCUUGUUCGCUUAAGAUCUAACGUACCACUGAGUCUGAAGUCUGUCCAAAGCUAUUGAAGAAAGACCAAUACCUUCAUCAUUGUUUCACGAGACGGUGAACCCAAAAAUGCCGAAUACGUAUCUGAAAGUACGAAAGAAAACUCUAGCCAAAUUGUUCAGGAGAAUGGUUUUUCUUGCACUAAUGGUUGCUGGUAUGACCAUGCCAAUUUCAGCACAAGAUGGGCAUUGCUCCCGCCCUAAUGAUACACUCGGACCUUUGGAGCUGAACCCUCCAGGCUGUCAGCAGCAUGUUCAAGAAACGCUUCAGUACUGGCAUAGGAUGAAAUGUGGCAAUGAGACACCUACAUCUAUUGACAAAAUCUGUUGUAGCUCUUGGUGCGAGCAGUUGACUUCUUGUUUCAGUCAGGAGCGUUCUUGGAAAGAAGACUGUGUUAGAAUGUGGAGGUGCAGGAAAAAUGAAAAACCUCGCGAACAGUUUUCUAUUAUAUUGACAAAUAAAACAGACUCGUCGUAUUUGGGCAGAAUAAAAGUGAAACAGUGCUGGGCGAGGAAACCGAAAUUUCCUGCCAUUAAGCUAACACCAUCAAGCAAAUUUUCAAACAAGAAACUUGUUGACACUAUCCUAAAAGAAGUGAUCGGCUCUUCUGACAAUAACAUAAAUCAAGAAAAGAUGGAACGCACUUUCCUCACUGUCACUGAUUUGGAGGAGUUCAUUGGGAAUUAUGCUCAAAGUCACCUUAAUCAAACCGUACCUAAGAUUGACAUCCGUACUGAACAUGCAGAUAUUUUGGUCAGGAAGAUUUUCCACGAAAAUGAGACUGGAGUACAACUUGAGGAUGAUAAAGGAGAAAACUAUGUCAGCCUACCUGUUACAGGCUUCGAUAAAGGAUCAGUUGUACUUUGUGUCAUUUAUAAAGAUCUCCAUAAAGUAUUCUUAAAAAACCAGACCGACUCUGUUCCUGUCAAUAAUUUCAGUAAUAUCUUGUCCGCAACGAUAUGGCCGAGGAACAACAUUUUCUGGAAGAAUGUUACGUUGAGAUUUAGAAACCUAGCGGAUGCACCGAACAGAAGCUGCGUGUUUUGGAACACUACAAAAAACAGUUGGUCAGGAAAAGGAUGUCUCUUAACAUCGACCAACGAAUCUUACACCGAGUGCAGCUGCAAUCAUUUGACUCACUUUGCAGUUCUUAUGCAGUUUGUCAAGGGGACUAGCAGUAAUGUUUUAACUAAGACUGACGAAAAAGCGCUGGAAAUUCUUACAAACGUGGGCUUGUCUUUUUCUCUGGUUGGAAUCACUUUAACGAUCAUCAGUUAUACUGUUCUUACAGACAUGAGGGGACCUUUAUCUCAGACACGAGUGAGUCUAGUCGCUUCACUUGGUGCAGGUCAAAUUAUCUUCCUAGCCGGAAUUGGUGCUGUUGAGAACAAGUCUACCUGUGUUAUAGUAGCAGCUUUGGUACAAUAUUUCCUAAUGGCCGCUUUCUGCUGGAUGUUGAUCGAGGGAGUUUAUCUCUACCUGUUUGUUGUCAAAGUUUACAACAUCAACGACAAGAUGAAGGUUUCACAUGGAUUUUCAUGGGGUCUACCCGCCGUCGUUGUUUCCAUAUCGCUGGGCAUUGCAGCAGGAACCGGACCGGGGAUUAAAAGCUAUGUCAGCGAAACUUUCUGCUGGAUGUCAUCCUCUAACGGCAUGAUCUGGAUAUUUGUUGUAUUCGUUGUGCUGAUCGAGUUGUUAAACACAUUGAUACUGGUGCGAGUUAUCAAGGAGAUGACAAACAUGCAGCAUGCAAAAGACAAAAUUAGUGAACAAAUAAGACUUGGUGUCAGGGCAUGCCUGUUGAUGAUUCCUUUGCUGGGGAUUACAUGGCUAUUUGGUCUUCUGUCGCCCCUGCACAGAGGGUUUGCGUACAUUUUCACAAUUUUCAACUCCACUCAGGGCUUCUUAAUAUUCCUCCUUCACUGCGUGAAAAACUCAGAGAUUAGAUCUCGCUUCAAAGGAAGGAUCAAUGGUGUCACCCCAACUACAGAUGAAGUAAUAGGCAUUAAACGAGCUGCGCAAGUAAAUGAAACUAUCAGCGUGAUAUUGUCAAGGAAAUAGAAUGUCCAGCCUCGCAAUAACCAUGAAAGUGGCAUUGAAAUCUGUGAAAUCUGAGUCGUCAUCGCAGUGUUGUUUUUUAGCUUAGAUCUGUGUAUAUCUUAAGUUAAGUUCGUUCAGAAAAUGUGAGAGCAGGUGAAGAUAACCAGCUUCAGAAGGCUCUUACAGCUUUGUAUCGGUCCGAAAAGUAAUAAAAGAACGACUCAAGUAAUCGGGAUUUAAGUUCUCCUUCUUUGUGGAAAAAAGAGCAUUGGAUACAGUUGUGUUAGGAAGGUCUAAUCCAAGACAUCAGUUUACAGAAUAAUGAAAUUAUC